AUGUUAUGUAAAGCUACAUGUAAUGUGGAUCAUUCCAGGUUCAAUGACUGGUUCUCCGGGCACCUGAACUUCCAAAUUGAGCACCACCUUUUCCCGACGAUGCCUCGCCACAAUUACUGGAAGGUGGCUCCGCUGGUGAAAUCCCUCUGUGCCAAGCAUGGGAUUAAGUACCUGUGCAAACCCAUGCUCACGGCCUUUGCAGAUAUACUGCAGUCUCUGAAGGAGUCAGGGGAACUCUGGCAGGGUGCUUAUCUCCACUGAUAAGAACAGGGAGGACUUUGGGAUGGAAUCUACCACAAACCCACCACACAGCAAAUGGAUUUGAUAGGAAAAUAUAAGUUUAACCAUCCAGAGAAUAGGAGAAUCCUAGCAGCAAACUGUGAAUAGCUUGGUUUCCCCUUCUGCAUAGAUAUCUUGAUUGGUUAAUCUCUUCGGCUUCAUGAAUGGAAGGCUGAACCUGAGAGAGAAAGAUGUUCUCAGAGAGCAGGAUGCUUCUCAGGUGCCAUGUCACUUUAUGUUUUACAUCAGGGGUCCCCAACCUUUUUGGAUCCAUGGGCACAUCUGGGAAUUUGAGAUACUACUGUGGGCACCAUCACAAAAUGUCUAAUCUGUGGAUCACUGCUUAGGCAUCUAUCUUUCACAUCCAUGUAUCUUAUUCAACAAACAAGCAAACAAAAAUGCUACAUGUCUAUUGGACACCACAAUGUCUCUUUAUAGCAGGUGAAUCGGGCGAGGUAUCCAGACCACAGUCUUGUCCAGUUUUCUUGGAUGAGUUUCAGUUUGUGCAGCUUGAGGACAUUGACAAGGUGCUUGGACAGGUUUGUGCAGCCACCUCAGUAUUGGAUCCUUGCCCCUCUUGGCCAAAAAAGCUAGCAGGGAUGGAACAACUGGCUGGGCCAGGGAAGUGAUUAAUGUCUCUUUGUGAGAGGGAGUGGUCCCGGGCCACGUGAAAGAGGCGGUAGUGAGACCACUCCUGAAGUAAUCUUCCCUAGGCCCGGAAAAUCUUAAUAGCUAU